GACCUGGACUGCCAUCACAUAUCGACUUCUUUCGAUCAUUCUGGCGCCCACAUACGCCCAUCAUCAUGACUUCCGUUUUUUUUUUCCUUCCAGGCGCCAAAAAAAAUUAACUCUGAUUUGGAUUACUACCGCGGGUUCAUGCACCAAGCUUUGUCGUUCAUCGCCGCCAUGAUUUAUCCAACUUCCCACUCGUUCUUUUUUUUUCAGUGCGACAGAGGAGUCAAGUUCGCAGAUCAUAUUCGUAUCAAUAACAUGAUGCCAUCAAAUUUCGAAGCUGCCAUCCUGGUCCAGAGCGCUAUCUUGAUUACUACCGAGGGUUCAUGCACCAAGCUUCGUGGCCGCCAUGAUUUCUCCAACGAGCAUAAUCGCAACAUCCAACUCAUUCUUUUUUGCCAGCGUGACAGAGGAAUCAAAUUCGCAGAUCGUAUUCGUAUCACUAACAUGAUACCAUCAGAUUUCCGAGAAGACGUCAUCCUGGUCCACAUCGCCACUGAUUUCUCUAAUGAGCAGAAUUUGCGACUUCAGUGAGUCAAAUGAUCAUUCCUUGUAUUCUAUCUGAAUCAUCACUCUUAUUCAUUUUUUUGGCGAUCCGCUCCAGUGUCUGAACGAGGAACAAAUUCUUGUUACAAAAUUUCAGUUCGAUAUGGCGUGCUAAUGGUUCUGAGCAAUCUCUGG